ACAAAUUUCAGGUCUACAUUAUAGGAGGAGACGGCACCCAGAAGGGGGCAUCUGUAAUAUAUGAGUGCAGGGAUGUGUGCUCAACGUGGCAAAGUAGGCAUCUUCAAGAAUGAUGGGAAAAAUUGAUGCAGGCUAAUGCAAGGGGUUCUGGCAUAGUUGUUGUAAGUUGAAGCAGGCGGUUCUGGCAUAGGAUGAGAAUUGGAUGUAUUCUGCUUAUUCAAGGUCGAUUCAGGUGUAUUGGAAACUGGAAUAUUUAUAUUCAUUGGUUUUGGAUGCUUUGGAGUUCAUUUCUCAAAAGAGGUGUCGACCCAAGAAUCAAGGUGGAGGUUUGGCCAAGACGACAGGGAAUACGUGAUAGGUCGCUGGAUUUGGGAGUCAGGAAGAAAUUAUUGUGUGAUGAAGCUAAAGGCGCAAAGAUAUUUAGUGCUGCAGUAGCUGCCACCAUUGAUAGUCAACAAAUUGGGAAAGAUGGUGAAGAAAAGCUGAAAAUGCAUACACACUCUUACUGCUGCUUAGAUUAUGUUCAGUUGAAACCAGUUAGUGUGGUCAUCGAUUUCACCGACCCGUCAAUGGUUUAUGACAAUGUGAAACAGCACAAUGAGGAUAGUGUGAGUUUUGAUUGCAAUGGAGCCUUUGGACAUGAGGAUCCGAAUUCACAAGCAAGCCUGGAAGAUCUUUGUCGCUCACAUCUUGUCAGCCCAGAUCUUUAUGGAGAUAACAACACAAGGCUCGUCACUUAUUGGACUGUCCAUCGAACCAAGGAAUUUUGGGGGAUGUUCUUUCAUUGAGUGGAAGGCAAGCUCAUACCAGUGAUGGACAUUCUCAAACCAUAUCUGAGAAAGAAAACCAUGAAGCCAGCCUUUCUCAAAUUGAAGGUUGCUUCAAAGAGCAAACUCAUCCAUGGGGCUAGGCUUAAGUGAAUGUGUCUGGCUGAGGUGGGUAGAUGAAGAAGAACAAAUUUUGUUUUCCGGUUAUUUUCUUGACUGGAAAAUCUGACUUAUCCCAAAGGAAGUGGGAAUGGAUAUGUGAUUUGUUUUAGUGAAUUGUAUCUGAAAUCUGAACAGUGAUGGCCCCAAGGGUCAGGCUAGUCCUGCUAUUUUUGGUGAUUUGUAUAGUGCUCUAUGGUUCUGCUGUAGCGGAACCUGAGAAGGAAGUCAAUUGUAAUGAUAUUUCCUUAUAUUACAAUGUGGAAGUGGCCUUCAAGUUGCAGUUAUGUUCCUUCUAACCUAAAAGGAUUCUAGUUGUAGCAAGUGUUUGUCGUUUGUUGGGAGAAUCCUGUAAAGUUGCUGGGGUGUGUAUAACAAAAGGCAUCCAGAGUGAAGAUUGAUGGGAAAGAGAUUGAAGAAACCCUAUCACCUACUUUUGUAAAUUUUUCCGUAAUGGAAAUUUCAAGAUUGUAGUAAUUGGAUACGAAAAUUAAUUUCUGAUGUGGAACAACUCUUAAAAGUAUAGGAUGCACAAAGGAUAGUCUUUGUUUCUCUAUAGUUGUUUUUCUUUGGAUUAAUCUCUAUUUUGAUGGAAUGCAAUAAACCUCUGUUAAUUUA